CAUAGAUCCCUAAAUUCAGGUAAAGCAUACUCGCAAUAUGUGCUUGUGUCGCAAUCACUCUGCUCUGUUCCUCGGGGUGCGUCCUGACCGACGACAUCGUCGUGAGGCUGCCCCAAGGAGAUUUACCAGGGAAAGAAGCCAGAUCCAGUGGGGAACACCUUUAUUAUUCCUUCCAGGGAAUUCCAUAUGCAGAGCCGCCCGUCGGGGAACUUCGCUUCAAACCACCAUAACGGCACAGUGGGUGGUCGGGGACGAGGGACGCGACGCUGGAAGGCUCCGUUUGCGUUCAGGUUGAUGAAUUAAUCAAGAAAGGAAUCGAUGGCGACGAAGACUGCCUGUUCCUCAAUGUUUUCGCUUGGACAAUGGUGCCGAAAGAGGGCGAGGAAAACCCCAGAAUGGCGGUGAUGGUAUGGAUUCACGGAGGAGGAUUCAUCAUUGGCAGCUCUCAUUCCUUAAUAUAUAACCCUGGGUAUCUCAUGGAUUACGAUAUUGUCCUGGUCACCAUAAAUUACCGGCUUAACAUCUUUGGUUUUCUUUCGACGGAGGACGAACAUGCCCAUGGGAACUACGGAAUGCUAGAUCAAAUUCAAGCCUUGAAAUGGGUGCAAGAAAAUGUGGAGCAUUUCGGUGGCGACCCUUCAAGGGUGACGAUUUUCGGCGAAAGCGCAGGAGGGGCCAGUGUGCAUUUGCUGGUCCUAUCCCCAUUGGCUCGAGGGCUUUUCGCGAACGCAAUCGCAAUGAGUGGAGUCGCGACGGAUGCCUGGGCGGUGCAAUGGGAAGCCAGAGAAGCAGCGGAACGGCUCGGAGAGAUGGUGGGAUGUCCGAAAGACUCCAGCCGUGCCCUGGUGGAAUGUCUCCGAACGAAAGACGCCCGGGAGUUGGUGGCCAAAGCUCCCAUGUUCCACUUGUGGACGAUUAUGCCUUUAACAUUCACUCCUCGAGUGGAUUCCGAGGCGGAAAGUCCUUUCCUGCCUGACGACCCGAAGAUCCUCCUGCGAGAAGGUCGUUUCGCAAAAGUCCCCUUCAUGACUGGCGUCACUCGAGAGGAAGGGCUCUUUCUGACUCAACCCGCCUUGUUGAACGAGACGCUGCUGACUGCGAUGGACGAGAACUGGGACUAUUACUGUUCUCGAAUGUUUCUUGAGAAGACCGAGGACAAUGGGGACUACUGCAGUCGUCUCAGGAAACAAUACUUUGGGGAUCAGCCCAUCAAUCGUCACAAUCGAUACGAACUCGUCAGGAUGGCCGGAGACCAGAUGAUGAAUGUGGGGGCCUUCGAAACCGUGAAGGUUCAAAGCCGCUUCGUCCCAACGUACCUCUAUUCCUUCGAGUACGAGGGGAGCUUCGGGUUAAUAGACUUCAUCAGGGCCAUGUUCGUCAUGUCGCUCCCGGAGAAAGCCAGAAGCUCUGUUCAAAAGCUCACAGGCGUGGCCCACGGCGACGACAUCGCCUACCUCUUCCCACUGGCCUUCCUCCCUCGCGGCGACGAGAGGGACGCGGCAAUGAAAGACAUCCUCACUGAUAUCUUCGUUCAGUUUGCCAAGUCAGGAGACCCGACGCCUGAUCCCCGGUCGGACGUGAAAUGGCCCCAAUGGACACAAGACGAUCCCCGUCAUUUCGUGUUCGAUGCCCACCCCCGAUUGUCGCGAAACCUGGUCGACUCCAAAUUCCUGGAUUUCUGGGAACAACUUCUCGCCUCCCAGCCGAAGAGACACAGGGAAGAACUUUGAAAUGCCUGGGUUUUUUUCCGUUCCUCUGGUUACAGCUAAUAAAAAAAACCACCUGAUGUGACUGAAAA